AUGCUCGCCUCACGCCUUCUCUCUGCUCUUGCGUUGGUAUUCCUCCGGUGGCAGGAGGCCGGCGCCUGGUCCUACAGCGCGUCCAGCCGCAACAUGACCUUCGACGAGGCCAGCGCCUACUGCCAGCGGAGGUACACGCACCUGGUGGCCAUCCAGAACCAGGCGGAGAUCCAGCACCUCAACGCCAUCUUCGGCCACUCCCCCACCUACUACUGGAUCGGCAUCCGCAAGAUCAACAACACGUGGACGUGGAUCGGGACGCAGAAGGCCCUGACCCCCGAGGCCACCAACUGGGCGCCCGGCGAGCCCAACAACAAGAGGAAGGACGAGGACUGCGUGGAGAUCUACAUCAAGAGGGACCGAGACGCCGGCAUGUGGAACGACGAGCGCUGCUCCAAGAGGAAGCUGGCCCUGUGCUACACGGCUGCCUGCACCGCGGAGUCCUGCAGCCGCCACGGGGAGUGCGUGGAGACCAUCAACAACUACACCUGCCGCUGCUUCCCCGGCUUCAGCGGGCUCACCUGCGAGCAAGUUGUCACUUGCCCGGCCCUGGAAGCCCCCGAGCACGGAAGCCUGGAUUGCAGCCACCCCUGGGAGCACUUUAGCUACGAGUCCUCUUGCCGGCUCACCUGUGCCAGGGGCUACCUGCCCAGCACCCCUGAGGCCCAGCGCUGCCUGGCUUCUGGAGAGUGGAGUGCCCCGCGCCCCACCUGCCAGGUGGUGGAUUGCGAGGCGCUGGCCCCACCUCCCCACGGCUCCAUGGACUGUUCCCCUGUCCCCGGCCGCUUCUCCUGGAACACCACCUGCUCCUUCGGCUGUGAGGACGGCUUUGAGCUGGUGGGAGACUCGCUCCUACAGUGCUCCUCCUCCGGAACUUGGGAACACGAGCGACCAACGUGCAGAGCUGUGACAUGCAGUGCCCUGGGCCCGCCUGGCAAUGGUUCCGUGAGCUGCACACAUGCGCCCGAUGGGGAUUUCACCCCCCGGACCUCCUGCGUGUUCACCUGUGAGCCCGGCUUCCGGCUGCGGGGGCCCGCCCUGGUGCAGUGCACGACGCUCGGCCACUGGACCCAGCCCGCCCCCGUGUGUGAAGCUCUGCAGUGUCCAGCCCUGUCCAGCCCAGAGCAAGGCUACAUGCGGUGUCUCCCGGGGGCUUCUGGAAGUUUCCAAAGUGGCAGCAGCUGUGAGUUCUCCUGCCAGCCGGGCUACACCCUGCGGGGACCCUCCAGGCUGCGGUGUGGCCCCAUGGGGCAAUGGAACGGACAAGUGCCCACCUGCCAAGCCGCAAAGUGCAAUACCAUCCACCUGCCUCUGGGGGGCGCCAUCGCCUGCUCCCACCCCGCCACCGGCACAUUCACCUACGGGACCCUUUGCACCUUCAGCUGCCAGGAAGGCCUGACGCUUCUCGGCGUCCCCCAGCUGAGCUGCAGUGCCCAGGGCCGGUGGUCUCACGCCGUCCCCUCCUGCCAAGCUGUGCAGUGUCCCCGCCUGGAUGCCCCGGGGAAAGUGGAUGCCAGCUGCAACGGGGACCCCGUGCCGGGCACUGCCUGCAACUUCACGUGUCCCGAGGGCUGGACGCUUAACGGCUCGGCCGUGCUGACCUGCGGGGCCAGGGGACAGUGGUCAGGGCCGGUCCCCACGUGUGAAGCGCCCGAAGUUCCCAGCACGCCCCUGGCUGUGGGACUGUCUGCAGCGGGAACGUCCCUCCUGGGGGGUUCGUCAUUCCUCCUGUGGCUGCUGAAGCGUCUCCGCAAGAAAGCCAAGAAAUUCGUGCCCUCCAGCAGCUGCCAGAGCCUGGAUUCAGAUGGAUCUUACCAGAUGGCCUCGGAGUUGAUUUAAUCAGGACCAGAACCCAAGAUGCUCCUGGCCUCCAAGGCAAAGCAGCUGCCCUGCCCAGCAGGACCUUACCGCCAAGGUUGCCCCCGAUCAACACCCAGGGGGCCAGCCGGCCACCGCUGAGACCCCA